CGAGCGAAUGUAUGCUUUGACGUUAGCAAGCAAGGAAGGCCAGUAGAAGUAGCGGGAGAUGGUGUCGAAGGUUUUUUGGAAACCGAGGUGUCCUGCAGGCUUGGAGACCACGUGCGUCGGGGAUGCAAAGUCGGCGAGUGCCUUUGGUAUUGAUGUAGAGAAGGUUGUCGUGAAGGGAGUAGUCGGGGACAGGGUCAAGAUUGCAGAGCUUGUUGUAGAUGGUGGCGAAGUCUGUGCAAGAGAGGUAGCCUUGGGUGUAUCGGUGAUGGGAGGAGUUGGAUAUGAGUCAUGGUGGCGUAGACUUUCUCGGGGGGCUUGUGGUCGGGUCGUCGGGUCGUCGAGAGAGGGUAUCCGCAACGCGGUUGCUUUUGUCGGGGCGGGUUUGGCGUGGAGUGAUAUCUUUCUUGGAGAGGAUGGAGGAGACAAUGGUGUUGUCAGUGCGGAUGGUGAAGUAUUGCCCGUCGAGGUACGGGUGCCACACUGUAAGGGCGUGAAUCACGGCGAGGAGUUCCUUCUCCUUGGAGGGGUAAUUCAUCAACGUGGGAAGGAACUUCUUGCUUGCGAAGGCGAUGGGGUAUUCUCCAGGUGGAGCCUCGGGGUGAGUGGGCGAGUCCUUGAUGGAGGGGGUCUCGGCGGCGUCGCGGGGGAAAUGUUGGGACAGUACGCCUCCGAUGGCGAAGUCGGAGGCGUCAGUGGUGACAUAGAAAUGGCGAGUGGGGUCGGCGAUCUUGAGGACAGGGGCCGUGGUGAUGGUUUGCUUGAGCAAGUCGAAAGCGUGUUGGCGGCGAUCGUUCCAAUGGAAGGGCUCGUCCUUGCGGGUGAGUUAGUGGAGAGGGUUAGAGAUCUCGGAAAAGUUGCGAAUGAACGGGCGGUAAUAGUUGGCAAGGCCGAGGAAGGAACGGAGUUGGAGGAGGGUCUUGGGUGGGGGGUCCUCGACGAGGGUUGUGACCUUCGAGGGGUCCAUACGGAUGCCUUUAGCGGAGACAAUGUGGCUGAGGAUCGAGAGGACUUGGCGGAGGUGUUGAAGGCGGGACUCGAAGGUGGGGCUGAAGACAAGGAUGUCAUCAAGGUAGACGACGACACAGACUUCGAGGAGGUUGCGGAAGAUGUGGUUCAUGGUAGAUUGGAAAGUAGCGGGGGCAUUGGUGAGUCUGAAUGGCAUCACGAGGAACUCGUAGUGCCCGAACCGAGAGCGGAAGGCGGUCUUGUGGGUGUCCUCAUCGCGGAUACGGAUCUGGUGGAAGCCACUGCGAAGGUCGAUCUUGGAAAAGUACUUGGCUCCACGGAGAUGAUCAAGGAACUCAGAAAUCCGAGGACGUCGCCGAUGGGUGGGCCGACAAACGCGAUAUCGAUGCCGGGACAAUGUCCUGGGGAUUGUGUUCAUGACGAGGAGGGACCUUCGCUUGCCGAGGGCGAUGAUGCGGAGGUUGCGGGUCGAGUGGAGGCGGACUGGCGGGUGAAUUGUGCGGCGUUGGGGCAAUUGGUUUGUUGGUGCCCCAAUUGGCGACAACGGAAGCAAACCCCGUUUGCUUGGAGGGGUGAUGUGAUGGAAAAAGCGGGUGCGGGAGGGGGCGGGCGCAGGCUGGUGAUGGCGGUGGAGGAGUCGAUCGUGGUGAAGCAUGCGAGAGAGGAGGUCAGCAAGGGGCAUGUCGGGUUCGUGGGCGAGGGCAGUUGCAAGGUCUUUGUGGCGUACUCGUUUGAUGCAGGAGAUGAACGCAAAGUCAGGAAUGACGGUGGUGGGGAUGUGGUGGCGGAGGGAGUGGACAUAUUGGACGAAGCGGUCCACAGGACCGGUGUGGCGGAGGUGGCAGAAUUGUUCAAGGUAGUCAUCAAUGGUUUUCUGGGGGCGAAAGGUGGUAGUGAGAAGGUUGGCCCAUUGGAGGAAGGAUUGACGUGGUCCUCCGGAGGCUCGACAGUUGCUGACUUCAGCCAUCCACCAUUUGGCGGCAUUGCCGAGGAGGCGGGAGGUGGCAAUGGGGAGCUAGUGGGCAAGGGGCAUGUGGUGGAGGUGAAAAGAGUUAUCGGGGGUGGUGCCGUAGCAGGUGUAGUCGAGUUGUUGUCCUCAAGGAGGGAGUUGGGGGGGAAUGGUGGCAUUGCGGGUGUGUUGGAUGCGCCGGAUGAGGGAGGAGGUGGGGGGAACGAAACGGUGGUGGAUGAUGAGGAGGGGGGAAGGGUUGAAGAGGGAGGGUUGGUGGAUGUGGUGGUAGAGGUGGUAGGAGUGGAGGAGGUCGGCGGGGGGGUGUUGUUGGAGGCGGCUGUGGAGGAGGGAGUGGUUUGCGCUGUGGAGGAGGGAGGUGCGGCCGUGGUGACGACCGUGAUGGAGGGGUUGUUCCCUUCGAGUGUGGUGACGCGGUCGGAUAUGGAUGACACGGUGGCCUUUAUAUCGUUGAGAGAGGCGGUGACGGAGGUUUGGAGGGUGUUGAGUGUGUGGAGGAUGGCGGAGAGGUCGGGGGUGGCGGUGUUUGCAGGUGGUUGUUCGCCUGUGAGGUUGCGGGCGAUGCUAUCGACCGAGUCGGUGCGGAUGUCAGACAUGUGGGUGAUGCUAUCGACCGAGUCGGUGCGGAUGUCAUACAUGUUGAUGGAGGAUGUGGUCAUGUCGGGGGAAGAGGGGGUGGAGAACGCCGCCGGAACGGAUGUGGAGGAUGCUGUAGCAGCGAUGGCUGAGGCGACGACUGCUGAUGAGGUGGAAGCAGGCGCGGCGGCAGCGGCGGCGGCGACGGCGGUUGCGCGUUGGGAGGUCUUGGAUUGGCGUGGUGGCAUGUGGAGAUUUGGGAGUGGCAGGGGGUGGGGGUGGGGAGGGUAUUUACAACAUUAAUCGAUUUAUUUAAAAAUAAAUAAAGGUAUUUGCCAAAACAAUAAAGGGAUAAAAUGUGAAUUAAUUC